AAUAGGCCUACUGACUGGAAGCCUGGAAGGGGUGAGAUGAUCUGAUGGUGUUAGCAACAGCGGGGAGGAAUUUUCGAGAACUUCGUGGCGCGCGUGCGCGUACCACUCUGCGAUGUCUUGCUCGCUGCCGGCGUUCCGAUAAUCCGAUCGGCUUCGCUCCGCUCGCGGUGGUCUAGGUUACACAACGUGCACGAGACUUCGAACGUGCGUUCGUCGCCGGUUUUCGCACUUACGAUCGACUCUGUGACUGCGAAGGAAUCGCGAUCAUGGCCGCUGCAAAUGCUGUAAAGAGGUUGAUUCCUCUCUUUGACAGAGUCCUCAUACAAAGGGCUGAAGCUAUAACCAAAACAAAAGGUGGUAUUGUACUUCCAGAGAAAGCACAAGCAAAAGUCCUGCGAGGUACAGUCAUUGCCACAGGUCCAGGAGCAAGAAACGAUAGAGGAGAGCAUGUGCCUUUAAGCAUUAAGAUUGGCGACGUUGUGUUACUACCUGAAUAUGGCGGCACAAAGGUUGAACUUGAAGACAACAAGGAAUACCAUCUGUUCCGCGAGUCGGAUAUAUUAGCCAAAGUAGAAGUUUAACUCGUUGAAUUUAAGUUGUUUUCAAUUUUGUAAAUGCUAUAAGUUGUUCUUCUGAGAAAGAACUUUAUGAAAUAGCAGCAAAAAAAAUAUACAGUUACAUAUAUAAAUGAAAGUUAUUUAACUUGAUAAAGACUCAAUUUUUUCCUAAUUUAAAGAAUUUGUUGCUGCUAAAAUGCCAUUGUUUCUUACUGUACAUGUACAUACCAUUUUCUGAUAAAAUAAAGCGUUUACUAAGGUA